AUCAAAUUCAGUUUGUCUAUCAUGUUUAUAUUGUGAAAUUAGUAAAGUGUAGAGUAUUUUUUGAUAAAAACUAUAUCAUAAAAUGUUCUUAUAAAAUGUCUUUCCCUAAUAUACCACCUUACAUACUGCAAGAGCUACCCGAUAUUACUGAAACCUUAAACUAUCCCAUUAAAAAUAUACAACGAAUAAAGUACACCAGCUUUGAUGUAUCAAAAUCAUUAAUUGCUUUUGGGGCUACUAGUGGAGGAAUCUAUGUGUUUAACAGAUGGCCUUGUGAAUUUAUACAAUUAAUUCCAAGUAAGGAUGGUCCGAUUACAAGAUUAGCUAUAUCGUCAGAUGAGAAGCACAUUGGUUUUGCAAAUGGAAAAGGCGUUGUCACGGUAACGGAAUGUGAACAAUCAUUAAGUGGUAGUUUUUCUACAACAUCAUCUAAGGAACAUCAAGGGAAUGAGGUGACAGCGUUGACAUGGAGUAGAAACAUGCUUUUUACUGGUGAUGAUAUUGGGAAGGUUUCAAUUCUACAAUUGCAGAAUUUCAUUGCAAAAAGAAUGUUCCAGAGUUCCACACAGAUUAUUAUGAGUUUAGAUUCGCGUAUUUGCCAAUUGGAAGCAAAAGAAUGCAUGUUACUUGUGUCGACUCUCACAAGGUGCUACAUAUGUAAUACAAUACAAGAACAGUACAGGCAAAUUGGACAAAAAUUACGAGACGGCGAAUUCGGAGCUUGCUUCGCGAAUAUUGAAAAACCUCUAACAAAUGGCGUAACAGCAAACGCAACAGAGGAAUUUACUGAACUUAAGAAAUUCAACAUUGUUGAUGAUGAUGUCAGAUUCGUUGUCGGCGAAGAAUUCGCUAAUACUGUUAUUUAUUGUGCACGGCCAUCAUCUAGGUUAUGGGAAGCCACCGUUGAUGGCAUGGUUAGGAGAACUCAUCAAUUUAAACAAGUUCUAGCUAAACAACCUAUGACAUUAGUAUCAAAUGAAUCAUAUGAAAAUGAGAAUUUCAGUAUUAAAAAUGCUACAGAUGUUGUUAAUGGACAAUCUGUAAAUUUUACGAAAAUAUAUAGCCUCAAUGGUGCCAUAUUAGCAUACAGCAGGAACUCAUUAUAUUUCUUGAACAUUCAAGACGUCGAUAACACUGUUUGGUUUGAUGCGUACAAUAAUAUAACUGAAUGUCGGAUUUAUAACGAUUUGUUAUAUGUUUGGUUAUCGAAUGGCUCUCUAAUUAGUUUGAGAUUUAUGAAAUUAGAUAAGUUUUUAGUUAAAUGCUAUGCCGAUAGUAAGUUUAGGUUAUGUGCCAGUUUAUGUGCCUUGUUUAAAGAAUAUUUGGUGUCUCAUGAAUUAUCACCUAAAUUGCAUAUAUUAAGCGGUUUAAGAGAUAAAAUAGACAGUGAAGACACAUUAGAUAAUAUUAUAAAGAAAUUUGAUACAUUGAAAUCGAGCGAUGCAACUCAAAUGAAAUCCGGAAUAUAUGUUGUGGAUAACACAUAUCAUACGCAAUCACUUCUAGAUGAUAAUAAUGUUCAAGCUAAAAAUACUGACGAUAACAUAUUCGGACCAUUGCCACCGGAAGCGUUACAAACUCUAAAAGGAAUUAGUGUUACCGUAUCAGAUAAAUUGAAUUCAAGCAAAAAGAUUCUAAGAGAGAAAUGGGAAGAUUUCGAAGAAAAAAUGAAACAUUUGAGCAUCGAUAAAAACGAUAUAACACAAAAUAGUCAAUUACACGAACAUGAAAAGUUCCCUAAAUGGAUACCCCGCGAUGAUUAUACAGUUGACGAUGUACCUGUAGUUCUAGAAAACGAUAUAAUUUUCAGAGAAUCUAGUCAAAGUACUGUAGAAGUUGACAAUAAUAAUUUAGAAAGAGACAAAGUUUGCAAAAUGUUGUACCAAUAUUCUAGAUUAAGUCUUGUAAAUAAAGAAUCUGAAACGAAUUUAAACUCAAUAAUCGAUAACUAUGCCCAUAAUAUUAACGAGAUUUAUGACCUAAUGUUAUUAUUAGAAAAAUAUUGUAUAUCAAUAGAAGCUUUUGAAGAGUCUAAAUUUGUACCAAAUAAUAUAUUCCUAUCAUACCUAAAAGGAUCGAUAAACAAGUACGAUUUACUAAAUAUGAUAAUAAAAGAUGAAGUACUUUUUAAAUACUUUGUAGAUUCUUGUAUAGCGGUUAAUAUUAAAACUCAGAAACACUCGAAUAUAGGUUGUGAAUGUGGCUUUCCGCUUCCGUAUAUAAGGACAAGUCAAAUGCCGGUGUUUUCGGAACUUAUUGAUGAAUUCAUCGAACAACAGUGGUCGAGUCAAACUAAAGAGCAAUGCUACGAAGUAUGCAAAAAAAUGCCAUAUUUAUGGAGGAAAAUAUUGUACUUAAGAAGAAACGAAGACUUGAUAAAUGUUCUAAGAGUACUUUUACAAAUGCUGGACGAGAGUCUCUUGCACUCUUUCUUACCUCAGUUUACAUUUGAGACGUGGGAGAGGGCUAUACAGCUAUAUGCAACGUUAUAUGCAAAUAUAUGUUUAAAUUGUAACAAAAAAUUCGAACACAUAUCCGUCAAAGACAUGUUAAGUUGGGAUCAUCUUGGCUCGAUGAUAAUAAAAUCAGUUGGAGGUAAAAAUGCGAUUAAAUUGAUGCAAAGACAUGCAAAGUUAAUAGAAAAUGGUGCUUUAACAAUGAAGUUUUACCAUUCAUGCUUGCUAGUGGUCUUGUAUGGGAAAUAUGAUGGAACUAUAACGAUUCCAAUGGUUGAUACCGUUUAUAGUUCGUACGAUUUCAAGGACUCUCGAAUUGAGAUACACAAGAUUCUCUUAAACGCUUCCGAUGGAACAAUAAAAAAUACCUCUUUGCCGCUAACCGUCGCUGCGACAUCACCUAAUUGGGGUCUAAAGAAAAUAUACGAAAAACUAUCAUCACCAAGUGAGUUUGAAAAUUCAGAAAAUUCAAUACUAAAUGACAUAUUGAUGGCCUUGACUAUGGCUGAUGUCACAGACUGCACUCUAUGUGGGUUGCCAUUACGAAAUGAGGUCUUAAUAGAAGAUGGUGGUUUAUGGGUAUAUAAAUGCGGCCACAUUUUUCAUGGUGCUUGUUUGAAUUUGAAUAAAAUUAAACUGUGCCCUUCUUGUACGCUCCAAUGAAUCUUGAUGUAUUUUAAUUAAUUAUCUGUGGCUAUAUUUUUAUCUGUGUAAUUUAUAUUCUAGAUCUUGGGUUGCUAUUAAUGUUACUUAAAUUAUCAUUAAUCAAAAUUAUAAAAACGCGAAUUAUAUAAUCUAGUCUUUAUAUUGUCGUUUUACUGUAAAACGAUAUUAAAUGUAUUUGGUAAUAAAUUUCAAUUUAAAAAUACAUAAAAAAUUGAAAUAAUGUUUAUAUAAAAACUUGUAACAAUUUAUAGUAGUAGGAAUUUUUAUUUAACUGCCAAAACGUAGCAUUGAAAUUGAUGGCCUUGGCAUUAAUAUUAAGUCAAGUGUAAUGUUUUAUAUAUACAGAUAUUUAAAUAAAUUUAGUGAGAAGUGAUUACUAUCCAAAUAAAAAAAAAGUCAUUAAGUACGCGUAAUGUGUGGGUGAUGCCUUAUGUUACAUGAAUUCUUUAAAAAAAAACUGUAUUUAAUAUUUAUUUUGCUUUGUAUGAUUUGAAUGAUUACAUUGUAUGAUUUGGUGAGCAGAGUAGGUCGAGUAGAUAAAAACACAAAUCAUAACGAAGAUCAUGAAUUAAAAAUCACCACCUAAUUUUCACAUGCUUAUCAUUGUAUAUAUAACGGCCUUACUUAUAAACGUUGCUUAGCAACUGUUUAGUUGCGUAAUGUGUAUUUAUCUCUUUCUAUCAUUAUUGAUUUGGCAUUCGAAAGAAGGAGACACAACAUAUUAUAAGUAAGGCCGUAAAUUUUUGGCUCACUUAAUCUCGAACUCGGUGGUGAUGGAAAACAUAAGCAAACUUGCAUGCAUAAUAUUCUGUCGCCUGUGUAUAUAAUUCUCAUAGAAAAAUUAUGGUAGAAUAAUCUCAAAAUCUUCCUUACUAUCAAAUUUAUCCUUUGCCGAUCAAAGAGAAACUUUCAAUGGCAAUUUUACUUAUUUAAAAGAGUUAAAUACUUUAAAAUAUAUAAGAAACAAUUAUAAUAGUGUAUGGUAAUUGUUUUUUUUAAUACUCUGUAUUAGUUAUAAUUAAAAUAUUUCUGUUUUUUAUUUUCGAUGAAUUUCAAAUGUUUAUUUAUUUGCAAUUAUACGGCGGCUGAGAGAAUACGUUCCUGUCAGAUCCGUGAUCGAAUUGACGAUGUAACUUCGAAGAAUCAUUUUUUUUUUCAUUAUUUUCGCUAGUUAAGCUGUUACGAUGUUAUGUCGACUGCUUAUACGACCACCUGACUGACGUCAGACGCAUUCUCUAAGCGGUCGGACUGUGGAGUAAAAGUAAAGAGAUGUGUCUAAAAUGUCCGAAAUGUAUGAAAGGUUCUAUAAAUUGCCACAAUGGCGGUACUAUAGCUAAGCGUGUUACUUGAAAUUAACACUUACGCGAACAGUAAUUUGGUCUCUAAUUCCUUUUUACUCCGAUAUGAUAUACAUUUUGAGGGACACUUUUUAUACACAAAUGUACAUCUCUUUAUCUGUACAGUCCAUAUUUUAGUUUGUUUUGUCACAGAUAACAAAUUUUAUAUUGUAGAAGGUGCCAUUCUGCCAUUUAUUAAGUUCAAAAUCACAUGAUUGUUUUCAUAUUUAUAAUUUUAUACUCGAUUUUUUUUUUAUUUCACUAAAUUUGAUUAAGCACAAUCUGUUUAGGAAUGUUAGAUAUUAUUAUUUAUGUUAUAUAUUAAAUUAAAAAAAAUAUAUUAGUUUAGGAAUAUUUUUGUUUAUCUGUACACAAUUGUAGUAGCUUAAAAUUAAUUUAAAUUGACUCAUAAAAUAUUUUAGUCGUUUUGUAACACAAAUUGAGUUUGAGUUAUUUUUUAAUUCUAACGCACUAUCACUGUUAUAUGAAUUUUGUGUUAAAUGUAUAAGGUGAUAAAUUAUGUCAUACUCUAAUAAUGUACUUUUAUUGUAUAAAUUCGCCAUAAUGAAGCCCCACCUCAAGUAUAACACAAUAAUUAAUAAUUGUGAACAAAAUAAUUGCUUUCGUAUCGUUACCGUCUUAACUUAAGCCUGGUUUACACAGUGCGAGAUGCUGACUAGACCGUUGACAGCUGCUCGCUAUAUGCACGUGUAUAUGCACACAUCGCUGUUUACAUGGUGAGAGAUCCUUUCUCGACUGAUUGGCGAGCUACUGCCGUACGCGUCCAAAUGUAAAUGACGUCAUGUCGUGUGAGCGAACGAUACGAAUGGAGGUUAAGGGGCGAGCUACUGUACAACUCGCGAGCUCGUUUAUCUCUUAUGAUACGUUCACACGUGCGAGUUGCUGCAUUGCCUGUGUAAACCAGGCAUUAGCAUUCAGGUAGCUUUGACCUAAUUCUUUCUCUUGCAGUGUUUUAUCACACUGCGCCACCUUAAAUAAAUAGUACAAGAAAAUUAUAAUGAUGAUAGAAUGUUAUACAGCCAUUCUGAUUAAAUUUAAGACUCAGUGAUCGCUUCCCUUUUCGACUUUUGAUCUGUUAAGCGUGAAAGCGUAACAAAUAAUAGUAAUAGUAAGGACAUCCGGCGCAAACAAAUUAAUAUAACAGUUACACAACCGAAACCUCAAUGCAUUUCUUUUAUAUAAAGAAUUAUAUAGAAUAACAAUAAUUCAAACCUUGUUCAAGGAAAAUAUUAAAUUAUACUAUUAAAUUUUUCGUUGUCAUUCUAAAUUUAAAAAUUUUAUUGGGUUUUUUUUUAACAUAGUAAUUUAAUUAUAUAAUAUUAAUAAUGUAUCAGUAUAAUAUAAGCGAAUCAAAGUGCGUGAAAGAGAGAGAUAGAACUGAAUGCUUGCUUAAUCGUGACUGGUCGGAUUGAUAGAUACAUUUUGAAAUAUCAGAUGUAAUAAUUCUCGAAUGUAAUGUUUGUUUAUAUUUAUUAAAGCCAUGUAUUAUGAAAGCAGUUUUAUCGAAAUAGUUUAGCUUAAAGUCCGGUUAUUAUAUAAAAAUAAGUUCGUUUCGCUUGCGGUUGGUAGAACUGUCUAUUUAUCGUUGCAAUUUUUGAUGUAAAACAUAUAUUGGCGCAUUUUAUCCCUGUGGGUCAGACCGCCUCGUAUGCCGCUCUUAUGCCGUUAUUCCCUUCGCCGCCUCUAGUGUCUUGUGUCCCUGGCGUUUAUAAUACAUAUAUACUACGUUGCUAUAUUUUAUAAUAAUAAUAAGAGAAAUAUAUUUUAUUAUGUUUAUUUCUGUA